AAAAACAAAGGCCGCUCUUUUCUCUUCUGUCUCCUUCCUCUUCUCUGAGAAAUCAUUCAUCACCAACCCAGUAAAGCUUCGUUCCUUCCCUCUCCUCAUUUUUCAUACUCUACCACACACAUACAUAUACAUACAUAAUUGAAUCAACAACAGGAACAACCUAGAAAGAGACAGAGAGAGAGAAAAAAAGGAGAUCCACAGCAUCUGAAUCUGUAUGGAACAACUCAUUAACUUCAUCAUUCGUCCCCCCAGAGCUGAAUAUGACCCAAAAAAUGAUCUAUUGGAUCAAGAAUUCAUGCUGAAAGGGAAAUGGUUCCAACGUAAGGAUGUGGAGGUUACAAACAGUCGAGGAGAUGUUCUCCAAUGUAGUCAUUACAUGCCUAUUGUUUGUCCAGAAGGAAAGGCUUUGCCUUGUGUAAUCUAUUGCCAUGGAAACAGUGGAUGUAGGGCAGAUGCCAGUGAAGCGGCUAUAAUAUUGUUGCCUUCAAACAUUACUGUUUUCACCCUUGAUUUCUCAGGGUCUGGACUAUCUGGAGGAGAGCAUGUCACAUUAGGGUGGAAUGAAAAGGAUGAUCUCAGAGCUGUUGUUGAUUACUUGCGGGCAGAUGGAAACGUUUCUUUGAUUGGUUUGUGGGGCCGCUCAAUGGGUGCUGUUUCUAGCUUAAUGUAUGGAGCUGAAGAUCUUUCGAUUGCAGGGAUGGUUCUUGACAGCCCGUUCUCUGAUUUGGUUGACUUGAUGAUGGAACUUGUGGAUACCUACAAAGUCCGUCUUCCCAAGUUCACUGUGAAGUUUGCAAUCCAGUACAUGCGACGAGCUAUUCUAAAGAAAGCCAAAUUUGACAUAAUGGAACUGAAUACCAUCAAGGUAGCGAAGUCGUGUUUUGUUCCAGUUUUGUUGGGGCAUGCUGUUGAUGAUGAUUUUAUACAGCCUCAUCACUCAGAUCGUAUAUUUGAUGCUUAUGUGGGAGACAAGAAUAUCAUCAGAUUUGAGGGAGAUCACAACUCUCCACGUCCACAAUUUUAUUUUGAUUCUAUAAAUAUUUUUUUCCACAACGUUUUGCAACCUCCAGAGGGUGAAGUGGGGGGAACUUAUUUUGAUACAACACACGAUUACUUUGGCAAAGGUAGUUGGAGUGCCUUGAAUGGAGUAGGAUAUGCAGAUGAUGAUUUUUUCACUGCAUCCAUAGAUCCAGCAGCAAGUAGCACAGAAGUUUCCAUCAACCAGCUUCGCUCCAAGAGACCCAUGAGUAGAAUGGAGGUCCCUUCUGAAAUUUCAUCUAAAGAUAAGCAAUCAGAAGCAGAGGAAGAAGGAUCUGGAACUAGGCCCGUCCCAUCAUCUUCUAAAAUGAUUAGCUUUGAAUUUUCCAAUGGUCAUCCUUGUGGCCCCCAUGUUCCAACCUCGAUAGAUGAGGAUGAGUAUGUUGAAUACCCACUUGAUAAUUUAGCGGAUUUCCCUUCCAAUGUGGAAGAAGAAGAAAGGAUGUUCAUGGAAGCAGUGAUAGAGUCAUUGAAAGACUUGGAUAUGAGACAUCCUCAUACUGGGGAACAGCCAUCUAGUGCCAACACCAAUCCACACGAGCCUUUGCAGAAAGAAAAAACUGCCGAGUCUCCAACAAUAGAUAAUUGUGCGUCCUCAACGAUAGAAUCCACCACAACAUUGGCAACUAAUGGGCAUAAGUUACCUUUCCAAAUCCCAUCUCCGGACACUACUUCGUCAUCUACAGGACCUUCACCAAGUACAGGAGCUUCUGCCCAUAGUGAUGCUUCAACUGGCAGCACAAGCUUGGCCAGUAGCGAUAUGGUUGAUUGUACAAAAGCCACUGUAACAGUUGAAAGGAACCCGUCAAGCAAUAUCAUUGAUGGUUUGAUGCGGCGUUGGGAUCUCAACUUCUUCCGGAACAAUCGAUAAGAUUGGUUUUGAAGUUCAAACAAUUUAAUCUCAUAUCAUAUUAUUUUGUAAGAAAGAAAAUGGCAGGAAUUGUAGUGUUGUGAAGUAGUUGACAGAAAAGAAGAAGAAGAAAUUAAAGAAAAAGAAAACAGAAGAAAUUGUUGUGAAUGUGUAUAUCUUUGUGUGAGGAGGUUCUCUUGCCUCUUGUUUGUAUUUUAAAAUGUUUUACAUUUGUUGACACGAAAGGGUGGUAAUAGGAGGUGGAGGCAAAUUUCUAGAAAUCAAUUGGGCUUUGUUUUGGCUAGUAAGAGUAGUGGCAAUGUUAAAUAUUACAGACUAAAUGUGAUUAAUGUAAUGCCAAAUUGUAGGUAUUGUGGACAAAUUUGUGUUCAUAUUUGCGGGACA